AUGGAUGGUGAUAGCACAAAGAUCACUAAUGAAGAUCAUGUUAACUACAAUAAAAAUAAGAUUCAACCAUUGGCUCGUUUUAUAGUUAUUGAUUUAACGCGCGAACGCGCAGGUCCAACGGCCGUGCGACAACUCGCUGAUUUUGGUGCACAGGUAAUUAAUGUUGAAAUGCCAGGAGAAGAUGAUAACAUACGACACAAAGGCGAUUUUCAAAAUAUGCAUAGAAACAAACGUAGUAUAACGUUAAAUUUGAAACAACCUGAAGGACUUGAAAUACUCAAAUCUCUUGUGAAAAAUGCUGACGUACUUAUUGAAAAUUAUCGUCCUUCUGUAAAAUAUCGACUUGGUAUUGAUUAUGAAUCUUUACGGAAAAUUAAUCCACGUUUAGUUUAUGCGAGUAUAUCAGGUUUUGGACAAGACGGACCUUAUGCCAAUCGACCUGGAUAUGAUCAAGUUGCACAAGGUAUGGGAGGUUUAAUGGGCAUUACUGGAGAGCCAGAACAAGGGCCAUUGAGAGUUGGAAUUCCCCUUGCUGAUUUAUCGUCCGGUAUUCUGUGUGCAAAUGGUAUUCUAACGGCAUUACUUGAGCGGGAAGUGUCUGGUAAUGGCCAAUGGGUACAGACAUCAUUAUUAGCAUCUCAGAUAUUUAUGCUUGAUCUACAAGCUGCACGAUAUUUGAUAGAUGGCGAAACACCUAAGCAAGUUGGUAAUAAUCACCCAACGACGAUUCCAACCGGUGUAUUUAAAACUCUCGAUGGAUUAAUUAAUAUAGCAGCAUCGAAUCAAGAAAUGUAUCGACGUUUAUGUAAAGCCAUUGGACAUGAACAUUUAUCAUCGAAUACUGAUUAUUUGACGGAACAAGAUCGCUUGAAAAAUCGAGAUAAACUGAAUAUGGAACUGAAUGAAAUAACAAAAACAAAAACGUCAGCAGAAUGGAUUGAGGUUUUGAAUGCUGCCGGCGUAUCUAGUGGACCGAUUUACGCGAUGAACGAAGUGUUCGAAGAUCCCCAAGUGAAACAUAUUGGAAUCGCAACACCACUGAAUCAUCCGACUCGAGGUCAAAUAGAACUUCUUGGUCAGCCAGUUACAUUAAGUCGAACGUCCUGGGCAAUCAAAUUGCCCACUCCAGAAAAAGGUCAACAUACAAGAGAAAUAUUAACUGAAUUGGGUUAUAAUGCGGCCACAAUUGAUCAAUUAGAGCAAUGCAAAUCUCUCGGUCAUGGUCAAAUUGUUCAAACAAUAUUUACUGAUAAGGAAGUCAACGAUGGUUUUAUAGAUCCUUUAUGGUUAAAUUAUUCAAGCAAUGAAUCACUAAUAGAUAUACAACAUAUUGAUUAUGACAAAAAAAAGCACGAUUUGACAGUAUUUGAUGAAUUAAACAAACAAUGUGACGAUGAAAUUUUACAUUGUUGUUAUCAUCGCAACGAUUAUAAUAACAGUUUGAAACCAUAUCGUCGAAACAAUGACAGAACAACAAAAAAAGUUAUAGGAACAAAUAUGGAACAUGAAGAACGAUUUCAAAAAUCGUUAGAAAAAUUAACGGUACCUAAUUGGUAUAAUGAUUCGAUUAUUGAUAUUGAAUCUAGACGUGUUAAUAAUAAGAAAAAACAUCAAUAUGAAAUAAAAUCAUCGACAAUAUCUCAAUUAGAUCAAAAUAAUCAAGAUGAAAAUCAAUUAAUUAAUUAUUCACCUCAUGGUCGGCGACGAUAUGCGAGUAGUUAUAAAUCUUAUCGAUCAUCGGCAACAUCACCAUCACCCUCUGUACAUUCAUGGCAUCAUACUGUUUGUAAUGGUGGAAAUACGUUAUCACUCAUGCCUCAUCGUUCAGCUACAACACUACCAACAUUAAUGACAAUAGCACUACAUCAACGGCAUAAAUAUGAACCGGGUAUUGAACGGGUUUCAAAAACAUCAAAAUGGUAUAAACCAGUUGAAUUUAUAACCAAAGACGUAAAGGAAGCAAGAGAUAACAUACUACAACCACCCGAUAGGCAUUUGAACAACAAUCACAACCAUGAAGCUUUGAUAGAACUAUUCCAAGAUACAAAUACAACAGAAAGAGAAAGAAUUCAUCAAUGGAGAAUCGAUCAGAAAAAGGUCUCUCAUGAUAAAACAGUAGAUAAGAAUUCCAAACACGUUGAAACUAUUGAUCAGCAGAUGAAAUAUAAUUCAAUAUUAACACCUGAAGACAAUCAUAUACCGACUUCAAUUGAUGGCUACGAUGAUGCUCUCGAGAUCGAUGUAGGAAAAAAAUUAACCAAAAUAAGAAGAAGUAACAAUGCACUUAUAGACAAGAAUGACAAUCAAAUAAUUAGUGGUUCUAUCAACGAGAAUGUGACAAUGUUGAGUUCUACGAAUCGUGAUUACAACAAUAUUGUAUUAGAAGAAAUAACAGACGAUGAAGAUCAAACUGAUGAACCGAAUCAUAAACCCUUAACAGCAUUAUCACCAUCAGCAUCUUUAAGUAACAGUACAAAUGAUGAUGGUAUACAAAAUAAUAAUGUAAAUCAACAACAAGAAAACUCAAGGAUAAUAACAUUGUCAAAAACGAAUAAAACAACUAAUGACGAUAAUAACAACGUAACAUCGUCUGUAAAAAUAUCUACGAACAAUAUUAAUUUUAAUGCCAAACAAAUACCGACACAAAAUAUGUCUACGGAUCAAAAUAUUGAUGUAAAAAAAGUAUCUAAAACAAUUUCACCACCUUUCGACCAUGACACAACAUAUGGUGAACAGGAAAAUAGUAAAAACAAAUCUUUGACAACGUCUGUUGAUACAAAUGAAGAAAUUCAAUCUCAGAGAUCAUCUACAGAUACGACGAUUCAAUAUGCUAGUGAUUUAGCUCAACGUAUGACAAAUGAAGUAAUUAAGACUAUACAGUACGGCAAUAAUGCUACGUUUCAUAAACAUGUGAUACCGGAACUAAAUUUAUCUAAUUCUCCUCCACAAAAUAAACUAUUAAAUGCUACCGUUGUUAAUGAUAAUUGUGAUCUAAGAGAAAUAUCGGAUGAAGAUUGCUUAAGAGAGCUUGAUGAGAAUGAUAUGAACGAUGAAUUUAUUCUAUUGUCCUAUUCUACACAAAAUGAAAAGGACGAUAAUAUGAAUAACAAUAAUGAAAGUAAUAAUAUUUCAACGUCACGUAAUCGAUUAUACACAUUUUCACGUGCCGAAAAUGGUAAACAUCAGACAGAACAACAAUCAACAACAAGUGAAACGAUGAAUAAAGAGGAGGUAAAACACUACUAAAGUGAUAUAUUCCCAGGUCGAGCAAAACGGAUAUCCGUUACGAACCGUCUACUGGACGCAGGAAUACGGACCGUAACAUCAUUAAAAUAGGGCCGUAUACGGCCGUAUUUUCACAGUAUACGACCCCGUAUUACUGUGCCCAGAAACGGUACCGUUUACGGGCCGUAUAUUGUGAAAAUACGGCCGUAUACGGCCCUAUUUUAAUGAUGUUACGGUCCGUAUUCCUGCGUCCAGUAGACCGUCCGUAU